AUGACUGCAUCUCAUCCGAAUUCUCUCUUUACCAAGUUCAAGGAGACUUUCACUUCAAAACAAACGGUCCAAUUCAAACAAGACAUAGAAGUCGACGAACCCUUCAGACACUUUGCUCCGGGCGACUCCGUCAAGGGAACAGUCCAUCUUGAUGUCGCAAAACCGCUGCGGGCGACCCACCUGGUCAUCCGCUUAUAUGGCUUCGUCAAAGUGGUCAUGCAUUCGAAAUUGCCGGGUGAAUCUAUCCCAUACGACGAGAACCUACUCAAUUCAACCAAAGGUCACAGAGGCGGGGAAUACUUCGGAAACGGGUUCGCAAAGCUCUUUGAGGACGAACACGUCCUGUGCGGAGACGGCAGACUGGCCGGGAAAUACGGUUUUCGCUUUGAAGUCUUGCUACCUCGACAUGGAACACCUAGCAGCAUUGAUUUCGAGAACGGAACCAUCACCUAUCUCCUAAGCUCGACCUUGACCCGUCCGACCACCAUUUCUCCAACAAGUACGAAACAUAUGAAGCUGAAAGUGAAGGAAAUCAUCGACAUUGCAUUGAUCCCUCAGCCGAGACCGCAAACCAUUUCUCUAGAGAGUGUCAGCAGAAGACGACCCGUGAUGCAUAUGAAGCGGAAGCUUUCAGGAACUACAAGCGGAAAGGGUUCCUACAAAGUUGGUCAAGAUGACACGCGAGAAGCCCAGCGCACAAGUCUCACUUCUCCCGUAGAUGUGCCUGGCAGUCCAGUUACUAGCGAGCUCAGCUCUACAAGUCUACCAAGUAGCGGUACAUCAAAUACACAAUGUGGAACAGGGACACUAGCAUCACCCGGGGCACGAAGUAACGCAAGUGGUAUCCUGUCGCUCACUUCUUCGGAUAAAGUCAUUACCGCCCAGACUGAGGUACUACAAGGCGGGUGUUUGCCAGGUGACUUGAUUUCCAUCAAAGUCUCCAUAGAUCAUACCAAACCAAUCAAGAACAUGCAAGGUGUGAUCAUCACUUUCUAUCGACUGGCUAGGAUAGAUACCCAUCCCGCCAUUCCAUUAGGCCCAUCAAAUGGAAAGACAAGGACCAAGCAUGAAGAUAUAUAUCCGAGAUCCCGGACAGGUCUUGGUGGCCUCUCAUUCUCCUCGUCUGGAUCAACACGUACUUUUCGACAAGAUUUAAAUCAGAAUAUCGCUCCUCUCAUCGUCGAUCCCCAAUCUCUAACCGCUACUUUGAGGACGUCAGUGCAAGUUCCGGAACACACCUUUCCGAGCAUAAGUAGGGUACCUGGAUCAAUGAUAAGCUUCAAAUACUUUGUUGAAAUCGUUUUGGAUUUGAGUGGGAAACUUGGUCAAGAUAGGCUUCUAUCAAGAUUCAGCAUGACCGAUACACCCCAACAUGCUUAUGAGGAUCCCAAAAUAAGCAUGAUCGACGGUAAAGAUGGCGUAACUUUCUCGUCAACACCAGGCUUCAAUUUUCUUAUCACAGAUCAAAUACGACGACAGAAGGGCGUUGUGUAUACAAAAGCGGAGGUGAUACUGGGUACAAAGGAUAGUACCAGAUCGAGAGGGAAGCAAAAGGAAGUAAGCCAAGCCAAAGGAAUGGAACGGCGCUCAGAAUACUCUCCUCCACCAGCCGACCUGCGACUGAUCUCACCAUAUCCGGACAAUAUAUCACAGAAUGGCCGCUUACCUCAACUCACCCAAUCUCGUGAGCUGGACCGCAACCAGAUCCUUCCGGAAUUUCCCUUGCCACAUACAUCCGAGGAACCCUCGGACGAAAAAGCUAGAAUUCGCCAAGCAGAACAGACUCUUUUACCGAGCGCACCUCCUGAAGAGGGUUCGCUGUCUCUUCGGGUUCUUACACCAUCGGCUCCCUUUGCUUACGAUGAAGACGACUAUAUAGAGCGAUACCACUCCCGGCCUCCGGCACCUGAUUAUGAAGCUCAAUCCCCACAAAAUCACGGUCAGGAAAGUCAACCCAGUCGCAACUUUGAAGUGUUACCUGGGCGUACCUCAACGGAAGACCGUUUGGCUUCACCGGACGUUGCGAGACUGACAGAAGACAAGCAGGAGCUCGAGCGAAGGAGAUUGCUAGCCCAAGUCGGAUCUCCUCCCAAUCAAAAUUACAGUAUAUUGUCAUCUAUGCGGAUUCCCCAGCCUCCAGCUGAUCCUCAGAUUCUUGCUCAAGAGGAAGCUUCGGGUUUGUCAAUCCUGCAAACCGGCCCCCAUAAUGACUCGCAGAAUAUCAGUCAGUCAGAGCGUGAACUAGCAAUUGAUGGACUACCGUUUCGAAGGCGUGUCCCUCUAGCCGAUAACGAGACUGCAAGUUUGGGUGAAGAGAAUACCACCAACGUUGACAUGAUUGGAGGCACAAAUACGCAUACUGGAGACGAAGCUGUAAUACAUAAUGAUGAACUACCUGCAUAUAGAAGAUAG